AUGUUCAAUGACAAGGCAGGCACAAAGAAUGAGGGUGGGGGGCCUAAAAUUUGUCUACUGAUCAGUGGGCAAAUGAGUGCACAAAACAAAGGAUGGGGGGUGAAAAUUCACCCACCAAUCACCAUUUGGAGUGAACAUGAAUGCAAACAUCUUUGUCUUCGACAGCAGGAUGGGUGGAUGGGCAGUGACGAGCCCAACACCGAUGGCUUAAGGCUGAAGGGCUACAAACGACUACAGAAAGAGCAGACUACAAAUGAAGGUCUAUGCUGCUGGGAGGGAGUCAGGGACCCGUCGGCUCCCCCAGUCCCCAGCUACAAAGCCAUAUCCCACCCCUCCACAUCACCUGCCACAGUCACAGCCCCGCAGCAUGUACAGGCUUACACCUGCACUUUGCACUGGUGCACAUGGCAAGCUCUGUCCAAAUCUGUGAGGAUACAUUAUGACACGGGGGGCGACGGAAACGAUACCGGAGAUACUGAACGCCAGUACUACAUGAUCACGCCAUUCAGACCCCAGGAAAAACAUGCAGACGCGACGGGGGAAGGCGCCAACACCCCUGGCGGACUCGUGCAGGUCUGCCUAAAGGAUUACCACACGGAGACUACAGCCUGGGUUCUGUUCGGCCCUUCUUAUCUAUUUAUUCCAAGGGAGCUCAUGAACAAAACCACAAAUUAAUUUGGCGACUCAUUUCUCACUAGUAUCGUUACUCCGACACCUCGUGUUGAGUGGUCGCUGUUGUGAUCACUGCGACCCUGCUACUGAAUACGGGCUAUGUAGCUAUUCAAAGAUUUUGUGUUCACUCCCUUGAUUGAAGUACAAGUUCAUCAGUAGUGUAGGGCUCAUUUCAUCGUUCUAUUUACUCCACAAGCCCUCCAGGCCAGUUUAAUUUCCUCUUAGAUCUUCAUCAGUAUCGGUGUCGACUCAUUUCUAGUUUUUUUGUUUUGUUUUUUUUGUUUGGUAUAAACAAUACUUGGG